UUGGGAUGGAGUGAAGAAUCUGGUGAAUUUAAAGGAACUUGACCUCAGAUUGUCACGUAGCUUGAAAGAGCUGCCAGAUUUAUCAAAAGCCACAAAUAUUGAAGUACUGAACCUCGAGUGUUGUUACAGAUUAACCAGGUUACCUUCAUCCUUCGCCAACAAUACAAAACUGUUAUAUCUAAACGUAAACUUUUGCCAGGAGCUUCUAAGAAUACCAGAGCUUCCUCUUUCACUGCAAACUCUAUAUGCUAGAAACUGCAGAUCAUUGAAGACUGUAUUCUUCCAUUCUACGGCAGUUGAACAAACAAAGGAAAACAGAAAGAAGGUUUCGUUCGACCAUUGCAUGAACAUGGAUAAACCUUCCCUAGAGGCUAUUGGGUUGAAUGCACGAAUCAACGUUAUGAAAUUUGCAAACCAACACCUAUGUGCGCCAAAGCAAGAUGAUUUUCAAAAUUACAACGAUUAUGAAAAGAAUUAUGAUUCUUAUCAAGCCUUUUACUGCUAUCCAGGAAGCAGAUUUCCAGAAUGGUUGGAGUACAAGCAGUCAGCAAAGUAUUCUGUAAUUAUAAAUCUCUCUUCUGCUCCACCUUCCCCCGUAUAUGGCUUCAUUUGGUGCUUCGUACUCGUUGGAGAAGUUAAUGCUCAUGAAUUUGACAUCGUUAUAAGUGAUUGUGAGGGUAAAGGUAUAACUGACAGAGUUAGAAUGAAACUAAACCAUCAGUAUCGGUUAGUUGGACCGCAUAGAGUGGUUGUGAUGUACGACCAAAGAUGUUCCGACUUCCUAAACAACAUAGCCACCGGUCUGACAAGGUUUAAAAUCAUGGUUGCAUGGCAGGUAAAAGAAAGUGGCAGAUCUUUAAGUCUGCCGAAACCGUUUAAUACAUUACUUGGAUUCGGGGUGAGCAUAAUAAGAACAUCGACAUAUAGCAGUUUCGUGCAACAAAUCAAAGAGGCAAGGUGAUAUGGAGAGGCUAGGCUGAAUGAAAGGCACGUGUGUGGUGGCUGAUACUGAUUGCUGUCCAUUAUGAUGUUGCGUGCAGUUGCUCAUCUUCCCCUACAUGCAUUUGCCAAUGCAAGUGGACCACACCACCUCCAUCUAAUUUAAUAAUUUUCUGUAAUUUAUAAAUAAAAUUAAUGAGUAGUAUUACUUGUACAACUUAAUUCAAUAAACUGCAUGUUCAAAUCAACUGAUAUUUCUAAACAACUUUUUAGUGAGAGUACCAUGAAA